AAUAAAAAAAAAAUUAAAAGAAAGGUAAAGGAAAAAGGAAAAAAUUUAUUUCCGCGAAUCCUCUUCCUCUCUUCCUUUCCACUCUUCUAAAGUUAGAAAUUUAGCUAGAAUUCUCGGCCUCUUCUCAUCUCCGCCGCCGCUGCCAUAGGGGAAAAUGCAACAAGUUCCAUUUGCAUUGGGUGAAUGACAAAGAUAAUUGUGGGAUAUGGGAGGCUGCUGCUGUUCUUCCAGGAAACCUCUUCUGCAUGGGACACCUGUGUAUUACUAUUGUCCACCAGCUUUGGAAGAGAAUGAGUCUGUAACACCUCAUGAUGGAUCAGCCUCCGCAAUGGCUGCAAGAUUCCUGGUUAAUUUGGAUUUAGAAGUACCUGACACCUUUAGACCACCUCCUGCACCAUUGCCAUAUGAUGUGGUCUUGGGAUGUCCACAAUCAACCGAUUCGGAGUCCUUCAGAGAAACUCUUAGUAGAGGUAGUUUCGAGACUCUGCCAACAUGUGAAGAUCUUGAGGAAUCUGACUGCAAAACACAGUCUGGUUUGCUUCUUUCGCCAAGGAAAUCAGAAGUCUCAAAAUUAACCGAGUCUAAGGAAUCAACGGCAGAAGAAGAGGAUGCUUGUCCUAUUUGUCUUGAAGAGUAUGGCACAGAGAAUCCAAAACUUAUCACUAAAUGUGAACACCAUUUUCAUCUCUCAUGCAUUUUGGAGUGGAUGGAAAGAAGUGACACCUGCCCUAUCUGCGGUCAGGAAAUGAUAUUAAACCAGACUUUUGGUCAAUGACGCUUGGUAUGCUGCAGAUACAUAUUGGUUUUUGGUUCUGCAGCAAGUCUGAUGGUGUGCCCCCAAGAUUGAAUUUUAUCAGAUAUCUAGUUAUAUAAAAAGGUUAAAUUGUUGUGUUCAGGCUGUUAAAUCUUUUCUCCAAUUCUUCAAGUUUGUGACUUGUGAGAGUAAAGAACCAAGUUGACACAAUAUUAAACACAGCUUGGGAUGUUAAUGCUCCUCUGUUGCAGUUAAAUAAUUUGUCAUCGAUUUUCAGAUUAUUGGGGAGGAUGGCGUAAACUACAAGGUCAAUGGAGGGAUCAGGUUCAGAUCGAAAUGAGCUUUAUUUUGUGGAAGGGAAUGAGAGUCGUCAGCCUGCCUUGCUUCAAGUAAUGAUAAUCAGAGUUUUACUUGUACAGGUUUCCUUAACAUUUACCUUUUGUUUAUUUCUUACUAUGUCAUAUGGUAUGAAUUUUAGAUCAAUCUAAUUGUCUAUUGUCGUC